AUGAAAUGUAAUGCACAAUCGUCUGAAAUUCACGAUGAUAAGAAUGAUUAUAAUGUAAACAUAAAUAAAAACCACGAACAUGAAGAAGAUGAGCGGAAUCAAUAUGAUCACUAUAUUAUUGAACAAUCCGACAAUGAUAAUGAUAAGCAUGACCAUCAAGCACAUGCAGCUAAAGAAGAAGAUGAUGGCAUUGUCGUGAAUUGUAUUGAACAGAAGAAAACAUUACGUUGA